AUAUCUGGGAGGGCCAGGAGCGGCAGCACCAACGCGACUACCAGCACGGGCACGAACCGGAGCACGAGCGUCGCUCCGCGGAGCAAAUCCAGUCUCGGGAUGAUGCAGCGGAGUGCGAGCCUCGCCCCGAGCACUAUGUCCUCCUCUGUGCGUACUCCAGGGUCCAAUGCGUCGUCUGUCUCUGGCGCUGCCGUUUCUGGCUCUGCGCCCGGGUCUGUUACAGGCGCGGGCGUGGGGCCGUUCGGCUCGCGCGUGCCUGUGCGUGGUGGUGCUGGCCUGAGGGGCCGGGCUACGACGGGUAUUUUCGGGCGCACAGGUGCGAACGCGCGAGCGAGCCAGAAGUCGAGUUUACCAAUGGUCGUUGGGAGUCCUGUCAAAGGUGGUGGUGCCGCGAUGGACGAGGAUGUGGAUGUGGAGAUGGGUGAGAGCGAGAGCGGGAACAGUCUCGGUAGACUCGGUGGACUUGGUGAUGCAGAGGAUCGAUCGGCGGAGGGAGCGAUGGACGUCGACGCCGCCGCCGCCGCCAGACCGCAUACGCCCAAUGGGAAAGGUGACGAUGGCGAUAGAAGUUUUAUAUUCGUCCAGUCGUCACCGUCAUCGUCGGCGCAGGAGAACGGAAAUGAUAGGAAUCAUAGACCACGGGGCGACUCACGCCGUGCUAGCAUGGCUCUGAUGUCCCUCUCGCAGAGCCUUUCCACAAUCCCCGUCACGCCGCCGAAGCCACCCAAACCCGUCGUUGUCGGCACACGUACCGGCCUGCGCUCUUCCUUAAGCGGCCACCCUACCAGCGCCAACGGUACUGGCGAAGGCGGCAGCGUGAGCCAAGACACCGAUAUGCGCAUAGUUCCCAGCAAUGGAGCGGGAGGGAGCAUGAACUUAGCAGGCGGUAGCGGAAGUGGCGGCAAGGACAAGAGCAAGAAGUCGCUCAAGGUGCUCAAGAGCUGCACGAUCUUCGUGGACGUGCGCACGGACGACGGGGACGACGCGGGGAGUCUGUUCGUUGAUAUGCUCCGCGGGCUGGGGGCGAGGAUUUUAGGCAGAGUAGGGCAGAGCUGCACGCACAUCGUGUUCAAGAACGGUUUGUCGAGUACGUUGUCACGGUACAGAUUACUGAACGAUCCUAAGCCUGCUGUAGUGGGUAUUGCGUGGGUGGUGGAAUGCGUUGAGCAGCGUGAGCGGGUCGAUGAGGCAAAGUUCAAGGUGGACUUGGACAACAUCAACGUCUCCGGGAAUCAGAAGCGCCGUCGAUCCAUGCUGCCCAAGUCGGUCGUCACUACUCCUGGGCCGUACGUUCCCGAUGGGGAUUCUUCCGACGUGGAAGAUAACGGUGUGCAGGGGAGCGAGAGGGUGUCUUCGCCUUCGCAAGACCCCGAUACGAGCCUCCGAUCAAACGAAGACGACUUGCCUCCACUGGAACGAGCCAGGCGCAGAAGAGCCGCAGCUCUUGCAAACGCUGGCAAGGCCUGAACGCUUUCUUUUGACAUUCGUUUUUCUAUUUGUUUCUGUCUUUCAAAGUUGAUUUGCUUUGAGGUGUGAGGUGUUAUCGGGCUAUCUCCUGGCUUAUAGUAUAUACAAAGAGGCUUUGUUGCCACUUACGACGAGACGGGCCUAUCUUUGG